CAUAACGUAUUUUUUAAAUUGAAAAUGUUACGGUCCUUAAAACAAUUGUUGUACCGGCGUUUUAAUUAUGCUGAUUCACCUAUUUAUAAAAACAAAAUUAUUAACCAAUACUCGUCAGGAAGUACACAGAUGAACUCUGUUAUCCCGUUGAAAUUUGCUAAUGCCAUGGAGAAAUCAAACUUCUUAUUGCCAAAUAACCAAAGAUUUGUGGAACUAGAUAGUUCACAGGCCUUUACAAAUUUAAGCAGAGAAGAGAAGCUCUAUGCUCAUUAUUUAAGUCAAGCAGCAUGGAAUGGUGGAUUAAUAGUGCUUAUGCAAACAAGUCCAGAGUCUCCUAGAAUUUUCUCAUUACUUCACAGAAUAUUUGUGGGAGAACCUCUUGAAGAUUUAAAAAGAAAUGCUAUUGCCUCUGGUGUUACUGAGGAUGAUUUUCAGGCAUUUCUAGUAUACGCUGGUGGCGUAUUUGCAAAUAGCGGUAACUAUAAAGGUUUCGGAGACACAAAAUUCAUACCAAACCUAUCUGAUGGCUCGUUUGAAUUGAUUGUAAAGUCAUCGAAGGCAUACAAAAAUGACAGCACACAUUUAAGCAAGCUAUGGCAAAACACACGAAGUACCAUUUACAGUAUUACACCAAGGCUAACAAGUCUCGGCCUAGCUGAUAAGGGUGUUACGACGUAUUUCUCUAGUAAUUGCACUGAGAGUGACUCCAACUUAGUGAAUGACUGGAUGAAAACCAAAAGAAUUGAGGCCUACAUGUGCCGGACAUUCAAGACAACUGCUGAAGAUGGCUUACCAAUCUACACGAUUCACCUGGCGAGUGUGGAAACGUCACCAAAGCCUCCACUAACAAUGGAUAAAGAGAAAUACAAGGGUGCCUACUUUGAAGUGACUCGGGGAGAUUAUUCACCGUUACUGAAGCUGGUCAAUGAGAACCUCUCGAAAGCAAUGGAGUACGCGGCAAAUGACAACGAGAAGAAUAUGAUCAAACAUUACAUCAACAGUUUCAGAGAAGGAGAUUUGAAUGAACAUAAAGAGGGCAGUCGGUAUUGGAUCAGAGACAAGGGACCAAUCAUAGAGACGUAUCAAGGCUUUAUAGAAACGUAUCGUGACCCGAGCGGACAGCGGGGGGAAUUCGAAGGUUUUGUCGCCAUGGUCAACAAAGAGAUGUCCAAGAAGUUCGGGAGUUUGGUGGAGAAUGCCGAAGGGUUCAUCAAGCUGUUGCCCUGGGGGCAGGAUCUUGAAAAGGAUUCCUUCUUGAGGCCUGACUUCACGAGUCUAGAUGUGUUGACAUUCUCCGGCAGUGGGAUACCGGCUGGCAUUAACAUUCCUAAUUACGACGAGAUCCGGCAGAACGAAGGUUUCAAGAACGUAUCCCUCGGGAACGUGAUCCCGGCGGCGUACAAGGAGUCCGUGAUACCGUUCCUGAGUGAAGCCGACAAGCAGUUGCUCGAGAAGUACCGCGUGGCCGCCUUCGAAGUGCAAGUUGGUCUGCACGAGUUGUUGGGUCACGGCAGUGGUAAGCUGUUGAGACAAAACGCGGACGGGACCUUCAACUUUGACAAAGAUAACGUCAAAAAUCCACUCACAGGUAAAGCGAUAGAGUCCUGGUACACGGAGGGCGAGACGUACGACAGCAAGUUCACCACACUGGGUUCCGCCUUCGAGGAGUGCCGCGCCGAGGCCGUGGGACUGUAUCUCUCGCUGCAGCCCGAGAUACUCAAGAUUUUCGGUUAUGAAGGCAAGGAAGCGGAGGAUGUGAUGUACGUGAACUGGCUGAGCCUGCUUUGGAACGGAGCUGCCAAGGCCACGGAGAUGUAUCAGCCGUCCACUGCCACCUGGCUUCAGGCUCACGCCCGCGCGCGGUUCGUGCUGAUGCGUCUGCUGGAGCUGGAGGGAGACGGCCUGCUGAGCGUGAGGGAGACGGUGCCGGGCGCUGACCUGCUGCUGUCGCUGCAGAGGGACCGCCUAGCCACCGACGGCAAGAGGAUCAUCGGUGAUUUCUUGGUGAAGCUCCAGGCGAUUAAGUCGACAGGGGAAGUGGCGGCGGGCGAAGCCCUGUUCCAGCGCUACAGCGAGCUUCAGGAGCCCUGGAACCGCUGGAGGGACAUCGUGCUGUUACACAAACAGCCCAGGAACAUCUUUGUACAGCCCAAUACACGUGUUGAAGGAAAUAAUGUAGAGUUGAGGAGGUACGCGGCCAGCGCCGAGGGUAUGGUGUCCUCCUGGGUGGAGAGGUUCCCCGACACCAGUGUGGACGUCGUGUUGGAGACCUUGGCUGACCAGGACCGUCGCCACUACUGCGAGCUGGAGGCACUGGCCGUAUGAGAAGCGCCACAGUAUUUGUUUAGUUAUGAGUGUCGAGGCUGCACGCAACAAUCUGGCAUUUGAUUUUUGAUCAAGAACAUAAGUCGUUAGACAAAAUUUUUUUGAGAUCAAAUUUAUAAUUUUUAUACCAGCUGAUAAUAAAUAUGAGCUCAUUUCGGUUUUCCUCGACCUCGAAGCUUAAAUUUUUAAAUUAUUCUGAUGACUAUGAUGUGUAAAAUAUUGUGACCGAUAACCCUCUAACGAAUCCUCUAUGUUGUAAUAUAACACCAAUAUUACUGUACCCAUGAACUUUAUUGCCAAUAAAAGUUAUUUUUACAA